AUGGCGACUACUUCAUUCCCCUUCGCGGCUCCUUCGAUGGACACUUUUUUCGUCUUGAACCCAAGCGGGCAGGUGAAUUGUAUAGCGGGCGCAGACGCCAUCGAGCCGCCACCAGCAAAUCCAAGGAUAACGUGUCAUCAUUGCCGAACGCUUCUCGAGUAUCCGGAUGGAAGUAUUCUCACUGAAGCUCUGACAAAAGCUAAUGCGUGGUGAUCUGGAUUUUUUUCGCACUAGCUACCUAAGUAGGCAAAUAUCUUUCUCUCUCCGACUUAUGACUUAGGUUUUGUCCGGUUUCAAAACUAGGUUCUUACGUGCAAUGUUUCGUCUGUUCUGCGAUGAACGCCGUUGUGAGCACAGAAGCACCAGGGGACGGGGAUCAGGAAUACCCGACAGGAGGGAGGACAAUAAACAUGCUUUGUGCUGUUUGCGGCACGUCAAAUCUUGGUACUUCUUAAUCACUUGAUGAUGACGAGUAUUGAGAUCGAGAAGCAUGAACUGCAUCCAUAUUCUCCUUGCGAGCGUAAUCGUUUCGUUCCUCCUAGAAGUACUACUUAUUGAUGACAUCAAAUCAGCGCCGUGGGGAACGCACUAUGUGAGAUGCGGGAGCUGUGGAACGGUGAGCGAUGUGUCACACAUUUAUCACAGAGCAUCACAGCAGAGGCGGUCGCAAGUGAGCGGGGUUACGUGACAGGACAUGCAUGGGACACUUCAAAAAAUGAAUUGGAUGUUUCCACACUAGUAGGAGUUCUGGUUGUAAUAUCGGUAAACAAAUGUUGACAUGGUGAAAGAAAUACGUUAUUUUUUUAGUACAACAUGAAGAUGAAAUAUAUUUUGUGCUGUCAUCAGCGUUUCGUUGCGCAAUAAGGUACCAUAUGUUCCUGUGUUGAUAUUAUGACUCAGAAAUUUCGCCCCAAGCCAUGACAGAGGAAGUUUUGGCGAGAUCCCUCGCCGGGGGUGUCUGCGCUGCUCAACCCCUGACCCUCACCCGCCCAGUGAAGGCGGGACGAGUGGCAGAAAACAAGAAAGCACCACAGUCGAUAAGGUGGACGCGGGCGGCCCCCCCAGCACUUGGGGCCACUUUGUGGAAGUCGCCCCAGAGUCACCACGUGGGCAGUGCUGACGUGCGCGGGGCCUGUGUGUAGGGGUCACGCAGUCCUCAAGCCAUGGCGCCGCAUGUGGGCAUGUGGUGAGACAGCGAGCCGACUGGUCAAGCCAAAUCCAGGUGGCAGCUCGGGCCCACCGUCAUGGUCGUGGUCAGGUGGCCUGUCAUGCGCCACACCGGGCUGCGAUGGCUUUCGCUGGCGGUGGCUUGUCAGGGUCACUGUCACACCUGUACAACACACGCGCGCCCUCUGUGGGUGGGUCAUGCUGGUGGCCACCAGGUGGGGGGACCCGUGGAACCGGUCUGCCAGCGUCAGUCGCACCAAGAGCCAGGCAACACGCCGAGCAUAGGCGUGAGGGUGUGUGGCUCUAUGGGGCUGUCCCUGGGGCUGGUGUGGGGUUGUCGCGAACUGAGGCAGCCGGCUUGCUGUGAAAUCCCAAGCCUGGAGGAUGGUGCUCGCAGCGGCCGACGAUACUCGCUAGCCGCGGCGACGCUCUUCGUAGUAACAGCUGUCGCGCCAAAACUUCGCUUGUCAGGCAUUGGGGCGAAAUUUCUCAAUCAUAGAUAUCACGCAGGAAGAGCCAGAGCAUGGCAUC